CCCCAGAGCCCUACAUUUUUGCGUUCUACAUACUUGCUGUCUAAUUCCCUUGAACCACAGCCCGCCAGUCCGACUUGUCUUGCUGCUUCUUCCUUCGGUCCUCCUACGUCCAUCGCCAUGAGCUCAUCUCAGAAAUCCUCCAAGGGGUCGAAACCAUCGAAGGAAGCCGCGAAACCUGCUCCGGCUCCCGCAGCAACCCCCGCGCAGAGCACCUCGCCGGACAUGAGCAACACCAACGUCUUCGAGUUCGGCUCGGCAACCGCGUCGGAAGAUAAGUCGACGCUGGCGGGGUACUGUCCGGUGUCCGAUGAUCUAGAGCCGUGCCGGUGGGAGGUGCUGCCGUCAGGAGGAGGAGAGGCGCCUCGAUUCCGCAUCAUAUUCUGAUGCAUGCAGCAUCUAUACUGGUGUUGGUAGGUGCCAUCUGGUUGUCUGGAACCAGGAUCGCCUAGGUUUUCCUAAAGCGCCCGAUGUGAUAGUAUCGAAAAGCUGAAUUACUGGUAGGUUUUGGAGAUGUGACCAGUGCGCCUCAUCACAGAAUACUUAGGGGUCACGCCCUCUGUCCCAGAGCUUCAACCAAGCUGGCUUCCUUACACUGUUUGGUAGCAGAUUUUGAAUAAAUGCAGGAGUGUGGUAAAUCAGCUUAUGGUGCAAUGGAGUGUUC